AUGAGUUAAUAACUGUCUCAUUAAUGGGCUGGGAUAGUUCAGAAACAAAUGGCUGAAAAAGUAUUAAAUGAGAAUCAAUAAAAAUUUGAUUAAUAGUAGAGAAAGCAGAGGUAUAAAGAAGAAUUGGAAACAGACAUGAAAUUGAAAUAAUAAAAAAGAAUAAUUUUACAUCAAUAAGACUAGUAAUUAGAAUCUUUGAUGUUAGAAACUCUUAGGUAAAGAGAAUCAAAGAAAUUAAAAGAAAUGGAACAAAGAAAAAUAAAGCAAAUAGAAACUAGUUUAGAGAAUCUCAAUCAUUUAUUAAUUCGAAAAAAAAUGAAUCAAGAGAGGUCAUAUUAAAGUUUAUUACUCGAAUAAGAAGACAUUAAGUAGGAAAAAUUAAAGGAGAUUAAAAGUUUAGAAAGAAUCAAAAUCCUUAAGGAUGAAGAUUCUAAAAAAUUACGCGAAAAUUAUGAUUUUGCCAUCCAAUAAAAAUUGAACUAAAAAUAAUCAAUCAAAUCUAAGUUAUUGAAAGUUCAAGAAACUGAUCCAGAUUAAUUAGUUUAAGUUUAGAGAGGAGAGGCAUAAUCAUACUAAAUUGAAUUAAAUAAGUAAUUAGAGGAAAAGAAAAGAAAAAUACUAGAAAUUCAAGCCAAAAAACAAGAAGAAAGAUUAAGAGUAGAACAGAAAAUUGCUUUUGAAAAGCAAAAGAUAUUAGAAAACAAAUUAAAGGACUACAAUAUGCAUAAGUAAUAUGAGAAUGAUAAUUAUGAAUUAUCAAACUAAAGAAGAUAAAUCGGCCAUAGUUCAUCCUUAGAAUCAUAUAAUAUUAAAUUAUCUGAUAACGGUCAACAUAAACUCCCUCAUAUAUAUUCAGACAACUAUUAAGCAUAAGAAAGGAAUAAAUAAUUGCAUCUGCUCGAUUAGGAUUUGAUGAAAUAUUAGUAAUUGUAAUAGUAGUAACUCCAAUAAGAGUAAACUUAUAAUCCAAAUCAAAUUUCUAAUCAAGUGAUUAGACCAUAAUAACAUGUUUAAACACCUUUAAAGACACCACUCUCAUAAUCUUCCAAACAAUCAAAAUAAUCAAAGAAAUCUAAAUAAUUCAUCAAUCCCCUUCAUCAAGAAGGUCCUGGAUACUCUUACAUACAUCAAAGUAAAACAUAAACUCCAAAAUCAAAACAGUCAAAGAAAUCUCUACCUCAGCCAAUUGAGAUAAUAGAUUCCUCAUUCCAAUAGCUGAGACCUAAAUACAAAAAUUAUAACAUCUUAACAGGGGCCUUGCAUAUAUAAUGA